CCAAAAUAAUCAUUUCACAAGAAACGUAAGCAAGCUUUCUACUGUCAUCUCCUACCGCCUUUCCACUGCAAGCACCGACUCGUCAAUUGAUUAUCCCAUACAUUUAAGAGGGUAGAGCAAGAUCGGGAAGGAGCAGAGAGCGAAAGAUGGGGUCUUUGCUUACAGAGAACGAAUUGGAGAGAGUAGACGCAGAAUCCGAAUCAAAUCAACCGAUUCUCUACGUUAAUGGAGUCCGUCGAGUUUUGCCCGAUGGCUUGGCUCACUUCACCCUUCUCGAAUAUCUCCGAGAUACAGGCCUCACUGGUACAAAACUUGGUUGUGGUGAAGGAGGUUGUGGAGCAUGCACGGUGAUGGUUUCCUAUCUUGACCAAAACUUGAAGAAAUGUGUGCAUCUUGCUAUUAACGCAUGCUUGGCUCCUUUGUAUUCUGUCGAAGGAAUGCAUGUAAUUACAGUUGAGGGUAUUGGUAGUUGCAGAUAUGGGUUACAUCCAAUACAGGAAUCAUUAGCAAAUUCACAUGGUUCACAAUGUGGUUUUUGCACCCCUGGUUUUGUUAUGUCCAUGUAUGCCCUACUAAGGUCUUCUAAAAACCCACCCACAGAAGAGAACAUCAAAGAAAAUCUUGCUGGAAAUUUAUGUCGAUGCACGGGUUAUAGGCCGAUAAUUGAUGCUUUCCGUGUAUUUGCGAGAACAGAUGAUGCCUUGUACACAAUUCAAUCCUCAGGCCUUUCGAGCAGUGAGUUUGUUUGCCCAUCAACAGGUAAACCAUGUUCAUGUGGGCAGAAUAUUAAGGAUGCUGAAGUAACUACCACAAUAAGUAGCUGUAGACGUGACAUUCUAAAGCCAAUCUCUUACAGUGAUACUGAUGGAGCUGCAUACACUAGUAAAGAACUUAUUUUCCCCCCGGAGCUUCUAAUGAGGAAAUCAACUGCUUUAUAUUUGACUGGGUCUAAUGGCCUUAAGUGGCAUCGUCCACUAAGCCUUCAGCAUGUAUUUGAUAUAAAAACAAGAUACCCCAAUGCAAAAUUAGUUGUUGGUAACACCGAGGUGGGAGUUGAAACAAGGCUUAAAAAUUUCCACUAUCCAGUUCUUGUCCAUGUUGCUCACGUGCCUGAACUUAAUAUAUUGAAUAUAAAAGAUGAGGGGUUGGAGAUUGGUGCAGCCGUUAAACUUUCAGAACUAGUCAAAGUACUAAAAUUAGUCAUAGACCAGCGUGCUCCUUUUCAAACUUCAUCUUGCAGAGCCAUCCUUGAACAGUUAAAAUGGUUUGCUGGGACACAAAUAAGGAAUGUUGCAUCUGUUGGUGGAAAUAUCUGUACAGCAAGUCCUAUAUCAGACCUCAACCCUCUAUGGAUGGCUGCUGGAGCGAAGUUUCACAUUUCUGAUUGUAAAGGAAACAUAAGGAUAUGUGCAGCAGAAUAUUUUUUCCUGGAUUAUCGUAAAGUUGAUCUGGCAAGUAAUGAGAUCCUUCUUUUUGUUUUUCUCCCUUGGAACUCUCGAUUUGAAUUUGUGAAAGCAUUUAAGCAAGCUCAUAGGCGAGAUGAUGACAUAGCUAUUGUGAAUGCGGGAAUGCGCGCCUGUCUUGAAAAGAAAGACCAGAAAUGGAUAGUUUCUGAUGCAUCAAUUGUUUAUGGGGGUGUUGCUCCUUAUUCUAUUUCUGCAAUUGAAACCAAGAAGUUUCUGCUAGGGAAGCAUUGGAACAAGGAGUUGUAUCAUGGUUCUUUAGAAGUACUGGAGAAGGACAUUAUCCUGAAGGAUGAGGCUCCAGGGGGGAUGGUGGAGUUUCGGAGAUCACUCAGAUGCUGCAACUUUCUCAUAACUCAUGCUAGAAGAGUCUUUAUCUAAAAUAAUAGAAAUGGUUGAUAGGUGUCCUUUUCUAUAUCGGUCCUCACUCUCAACACAAACGGCCAAGACGAUUAUGAACAUUAUCAUUUUCCUGAGGACUCAUGUUCUGUGUUUAUGACAUCCAUUAUUUUAUCUACCAGAUGGCAGGUUACAGGAGAGGCAGAGUAUACAGAUGAUGUUCCUAUGCCUCCUAAUGGCUUACAUGCUGCAUUGAUAUUGAGCAAGAAGCCUCAUGCACGUAUACUUGCGAUUGACAAUAGUGUGGCAAAAUCUUCUCCGGGGUUCGCAGGAAUUUUUUUUGCAAAACAUGUGCCAGGGAUCAAUAUGGUUGGACCAGUUGUCGUGGACGAAGAACUUUUUGCUUCAGAAGUAGUCACGUGUGUGGGUCAGGUAAUUGGGGUGGUUGUGGCAGAUACACACGAAAAUGCAAAGCUCGCUGCUCGGAAAGUCCAAAUUCAAUAUGAAGAACUACCAGCAAUCUUAUCUAUUGAAGAAGCCAUUGCAGCUAACAGUUUCCACCCUGAAACUGAAAGGUUCCUUCGGAAAGGUGAUGUAGACCACUGUUUCUCAUCAAAACAGUGUGAUAAAGUAAUAGAAGGAGAGGUUCAGGUUGGUGGUCAGGAACAUUUCUACUUGGAGCCAAAUAGCACUUUAGUUUGGACUGUUGAUGGUGGAAAUGAAGUUCAUAUGAUCUCAUCUACUCAAGCCCCUAAGAAGCAUCAACAGUAUGUUGCCCGUGUACUUGGUCUUCCGAUGUCAAAAGUGGUAUGCAAGAUUAAAAGAGUUGGUGGUGGAUUUGGAGGGAAAGAAACAAGGUCUGCUUUCCUUGCUGCCGUGGCUGCCACUCCAUCUUAUUUACUAAAUCGUCCAGUAAAGCUUACACUGGAUAGGGAUAUUGACAUGAUGAUAACAGGACAACGCCAUAGCUUUCUUGGGAAGUAUAAGGUUGGUUUUACGAAAGAUGGAAAGAUACUUGCUUUGGAUCUUGAGAUCUUCAACAACGGAGGAAACUCACUUGAUCUCUCACUUGCGGUGCUUGAACGUGCCAUGUUCCAUUCUGACAAUGUUUAUGAGAUUCCUAAUGUUAGGGUCAAAGGAAAGGUCUGCUUCACAAAUUUUCCUAGUAACACUGCUUUCCGAGGAUUCGGUGGUCCACAAGGUAUGCUGAUUGCUGAAAAUUGGAUUCAAAGGAUAUCAAUGGAACUGAAAAAAACUCCGGAAGAGAUCAGGGAGGUGAAUUUUCAGAGAGAUGGUUCGGUGUUGCAUUAUGGUCAAAAAAUUGAAAACUGCACCCUGGAGCGUCUCUGGAAUCAACUCAAGACAUCCUCUGACUUUCUUACUGUCCAACAAGAAGCCAAGCUGUUCAAUACUGAUAAUAGAUGGAAGAAGCGUGGAGUAGCUAUUAUCCCUACAAAAUUUGGCAUAUCUUUUACUGCAAAAUUUAUGAAUCAGGCAGGUGCGCUUGUCCAUGUUUACACUGAUGGAACUGUGCUAGUCACACAUGGGGGCGUUGAGAUGGGACAAGGUUUGCAUACAAAAGUGGCACAGGUGGCUGCGUCUUCUUUCGACAUUCCGCUGAGUUCUGUAUUUAUAUCAGAGACAAGUACAGAUAAGGUUCCAAAUGCAUCACCAACGGCUGCUUCUGCAAGUUCUGAUAUAUAUGGUGCUGCAGUUUUAGAUGCAUGUGAGCAAAUAAAAGCACGCAUGGAACCUAUAUCAUCAAAACACAAUUUUGUUUCAUUUGCCGAGCUCGUAAGUGCAUGCUACAUGGAGCGGAUAGACCUUUCUGCUCAUGGAUUUUAUAAAACCCCUGAUAUUGGCUUUGAUUGGGGAGCUGGUAAAGGUAAUCCAUUCAGGUACUUCACUUAUGGGGCAGCACUUGCUGAGGUUGAAAUUGACACAUUAACUGGAGACUUCCAUACAAGACAGGCAGAUGUGAUUUUGGAUCUUGGACUUCCGCUGAAUCCAGCUAUUGAUGUUGGACAGAUUGAAGGGGCAUUUAUACAAGGCCUUGGAUGGGUGGCUUUGGAAGAGCUAAAAUGGGGUGAUGCUGCUCAUAAGUGGUUACCAGCAGGAUGUCUGUACACUUGUGGUCCUGGAAGCUACAAGAUUCCAUCCAUGGAUGACGUCCCAUUGAAAUUCAGUAUCUCCCUCCUUAAGGGUGCCCCUAAUCCAAAGGCAAUCCACUCAUCCAAAGCUGUGGGAGAGCCUCCCUUCUUUCUGGCCUCGGCUGUAUUCUUCGCAAUCAAGGAUGCUAUCAUAGCUGCGAGGGCAGAUGCUGGUCUUAGUGGCUGGUUUCCUCUGGAUAAUCCGGCAACUCCUGAACGCAUACGGAUGGCUUGCGUGGACGAGUUCACAGCGCCAUUCAUCAACUCAGAUUUCCAUCCGAAGCUCAGUGUUUAGUAUCAUUACUCGGAAAAGGAGAAGGAAAUCAAAUUUGUGUACCAAUCAUGUCUUCUAGUAUAGAUUGAAUUCCCAAUGCAAUGGUAGUUCAUAUGGUCCCAGGGAAAAGCCCUGAACAUGUACAUUGUAUUACAAGAGACACAUCCAUAAACAGCUUCUUCAACUUCCAUAUUUGUUUGCAAAUGGAUCUUCACGUUCAUUUC